UUGUCUAUGUCAAGCCAGUCAUUGAACCGUCAAUUGCUGAACGAACGAACGACAGCGAAUCUCAGAGGCCCCGCCUUUAAAUCGUAAUUUUAUUAUUUCAGUUGGUUUUCGCGAUGAUAUUAUUAUAAAAACGGGCACCUAGAUAUACGAGUACUACGAAGUAGGAGACCUGUAAAGAUGGGUACGACAAGCAUUCUGUGUUUCGUCGCGUUAAUAUCUUGUUCGGCGGCACUAUUGACGUCACCGCCUAAGAUCGUGAAACAGCCGACACAAGAGGAGAUUCUGUUCCAAGUGGCGCAGCCCGGCGAGGUGGACAAGCCGUUCAUCAUCGAAUGCGAGGCUGAAGGCGAACCGGCACCUAAGUACCGAUGGAUCAAGAACGGCAAGGCGUUCGAAUACACGAGUUAUGACAACCGUAUCUCGCAGCAGUCCGGCCGAGGUACGCUCGUGGUCAGCCAGCCGCGCGAUGAGGACCUCGGACAGUACCAGUGCUUCGCCUACAACGAGUGGGGUACCGCCGCCUCCAACAGCGUCUUCGUGCGACGCGCUGAACUCAACUCCUUCAAGGAAACUGACAGCCAGCAAGUUGUGAGAGCAGAGGAGGGGAAACCAUUCAAACUCACUUGCGAACCGCCCGACGGUCAUCCCAAGCCCAAAGUAUACUGGAUGUUGCAAGGCGAUCAGGGACAACUCAAAACAAUCAACAACUCACGUAUGACCCUCGACCCUGAAGGAAACCUUUGGUUCUCGAACGUGACUCGCUACGAUGCUAGCGUAGACUUUGCCUACAUUUGUACUGCUAACUCCAUAUUCAGGAAUGAGUAUAAGUUCGGUAACAAGAUAUAUUUGGAGGUGACUCAGACGGGUAUCGCCCCGACUCUGAACAGGCAUGACCCUGUGCGCCAGUACACUACUAGAAAGGUAGAGAAAGCACUUAAAGGGAAGAGAGUCGAGCUCUAUUGUAUUUAUGGAGGAACGCCUCUCCCUCAAAUCGUAUGGAAGAAGAACGGUCGCAGCAUUUUGUCAUCACAGGGCAUUACUCAGGACAACUACGGCAAGACGCUCGUCAUCCGGUAUCCUACUUAUGAAGACCAGGGCACGUACACCUGCGAAGUUAGCAACGGUGUCGGCACUGCGCAGUCCUACUCCAUACUCCUCAAUAUUGAAGCCGCACCGUUCUUCACCGUUGAGCCAGAAAUCCAGAACCUAGCGGAGGGCGAGACCGCUGAGAUAAAGUGCGAGGCCGGCGGUACUCCGGUCCCGAAGAUCACGUGGAUCCACAACGGCAAGCCCAUCGAGCAGGCCGAGCCCAACCCGCGCCGGCAGGUCACCGGCAACUCCAUCACUAUUACAAACCUCGUCAAGAAGGAUACUGGCAACUACGGUUGUAACGCCACCAGCUCCAUCGGCUACGUGUAUAAGGAUGUCUACAUCAAUGUACAAUCGAUCCCUCCAGAAAUCAAGGAAGGACCGGAGAACCUCACCCGGGUGGACGGUUCCGAGGCUGUGCUCAAGUGCAGAGUGUUCGGAGCGCCGAAGCCCAUCGUCAAAUGGAUGAAGGAUGAUGUUGACGUUACCGGUGGGAAAUACAACAUAACUCCGGACGGCGACCUGGUGAUCCGCGACGUCUCCUACACGGACGUGGGCACGUACCAGUGUUACGCCAAGAACAAGUUCGGCGAGAAGUCCGCUUUCGGAUCACUUGAUGUUAAAAAGCGCACAGUAAUCACGGACAAGCCGGAGCCCUACGAGGUGGCGGCGGGUUCCUCAGCGACUUUCCGCUGUAACGCUAACGCCGACGACUCUCUGAAGCUCUCCAUCAUCUGGCUGAACGACGGCCAGCAGAUCGACUUCGACAACCAGCCGCGGUUCCGCAUGACCAACGACUACUCGCUGCUCAUCUCUGAUACCACCGAGUUGGAUUCCGGAGAGUACACUUGUAUCGCUAAGACGGCGAUUGAUGAGGCGAGGGCCCAGGCCACGCUUAUUGUGCAAGACAAGCCGAACCCUCCAGCUCUGGACGGUAUCGAAUGCCACGAGAAGACAGCAACACUCCGUUGGAGGUCCAUGGGUGACAACCGAGCACCCAUACUGCGCUUCUCCAUCCAGUACAACACCACCUUCACGCCCGACACGUGGGACCUCGCCAGCGACAACGUGCCCGCCAUCGACACGUCCUGGACCGUGCAGCUCAGUCCAUGGGCUAACUACACCUUCAGGGUAAGCGCAUGGAACAAGAUCGGACCGUCGACUCCGUCUUCUCACUCGGAAGUGUGUAGCACUCAGCCCGACGUGCCGUACAAGAACCCCGACAAUGUCAUUGGCGAAGGCUCCGAUCCCACCAACAUGGUUAUUUCCUGGUCGAAAAUGCCUCAAAUCGAGCACAACGGCCCCGGCUUCUACUACCUGGUGUCGUGGCGGCGGAACAUAACCGGCCAACCUUGGGAGGAGCAGCAGGUUCGGGACUGGCAGCUCACCAGCUACACAGUGCUCAACACGCCCACCUUCCAGCCUUACAAAGUCAAGGUUACUGCUGUGAACUUCAAAGGAACAUCGAACGUCACACCUGUAGAGGUCAUCGGCUGGUCCGGUGAAGACACUCCCCUCCAGGCACCCUCAAAUUUCACCCUCGUACAAGUUACCACAGGAACCACGGCCUUACUCAGUUGGAACCCUGUCUUACCAGAGACAGUGAGAGGACACUUUAAGGGGUACAAGAUCCAGACGUGGGUCGAUGGUGAAGAAGACAGACUCAAAGAAAUUUUAAUAAAGGCGGACGCCUCCAGCGCAUUAGUCACUAAAUUCAAGCCAUACAAGAAGAAUAACGCUAGGAUCUUGGUUUACAACGGCCGCUUCAACGGACCUCCCAGUGACACGCUCAGCUUCCACACCCCUGAGGGUAAACCUGGCACGGUAAAAUCCUUCGAAGUUUACCCAAUCGGUUCUUCAGCUAUGUUCCUUAAGUGGGACAAGCCCGUCGACGAAAACGGAGUCCUCACUGGCUACAAGAUCUACUACCAGAAGGUCACCGGCACCGCUUUAGGUCCUCUCCAAGAAAGAAAGAAGGAGAUUGAUCCUAAGUUCGACCGCGCAAAGCUCGCCGGCUUGGAGCCCAACACAAAGUACCGUAUUGAGAUCAGAGCGAAAACAAAAGCCGGUGAAGGAGACAAGUACUACGUUGAACAGACGACGAAGUCCGUUGUGACGGCGAAGCCUGACAUCCCAGUGUUUGACACGAGAACAUUGCCCGCUAAGGAAGGAACUGCUCAUAUCUUGGUUCGUUGGGUGCCGUCGUUAGAUGGUCACGCCGGAACACACUUCGUAGCCUGGUAUAAACUGAAGGGGCAUCCCGACUGGUCCAAGACCAACGAGGUGACCGAGGAUGACUAUGUAAUCUUGACUGGCUUAGAACCAGGACAGGUCUAUGAGGUUAAGUUGACGGCUCAUGACGGAGAGUACUUCAGUACCAGUGAAAUUAAGGAUGUUGAUACCACAAUUGACGGCCCCAUCGUGAAGCCGGAGCAGGACGCGACGGCGACGGCGGGCUGGUUCAUCGGCGUGAUGCUGGCGCUGGCCUUCCUGCUGCUGGUGCUGCUGCUGGUGUGCGUGGUGCGGCGCAACCGCGGCGGCAAGUACGACGUGCACGACCGCGAGCUGGCGCACGGCCGCCGCGACUACGCCGACGGCGGCUUCCACGAGUACACGCACCCUCUUGACAACAAGUCUCGUCACUCAAUGAGCAGCGGCACCAAGCCAGGACCCGAAAGCGAUACCGACUCCAUGGCUGAGUACGGCGAAGGAGAAACAGGCCGCUUCACGGAGGACGGCUCGUUCAUCGGCCAGUACGUGCCGGGCGCGCGCGCGCUGCCGCCGCCGCCCGCGCCGCCCGCGCCCGCGCCCCCCACCUACGUGUAGGGCCCGAGGUACAGCUCCACUGUCGUUCACUUUCACUUAAUACACCCAAAUUACAGUGAACUAAAAAAAUCUUGUCUUGUAAUGUUCAGUUGUAAAGUGUGACUGUGUCACGUGUCUGUGUUGUCUAAUAAAACCAUCAACUGGCCCAAUGGCUUAUUUUCUUUUAAGACGCAAGGGCAAUAUUAAUCUAACAUCGUACUGCCAUUUUCUGUCGUGUUGGAACGGCCAGAAAGUAUAUUGUGAUUACAUGAUUUUCUGUCGCGAGAAAUGAGGUCAAUUAACUCAAAAAUAUGAUUACGAUAAAUAGCUACGGCAUGUAUGAUGAAGAUUCGGAAAGAAAAACAUUUCUUGCAACUGACUUCGUGUAAUACAACAUACUUUUAGCGCUCAAAAAUUGUAUUUAAACUAAAACUAUCGGCAGUUUAUAAUUUGAUUGUAUUUAGUUGAAAUUUAUUAGAGUGUAAGCACUAGUGUAAGCUGAUAACGAAGCCUACGUUUCUUAUUUAGCCGGCUGUUAGUGUCUAUAGUGAUGGCUAACGUUUAUUGACUAUCCCGAGGACGCGAGCGUCUCUAAGUCUGUUGAACAUUUCGUUAUUUAUGAGACUGAUUUUAAGUAAUGAGAAAUAGUCAAACUGGCACUAGCGUUCAGGUUUUGGAAACUGAUUUCAUCAUUCGCUCAAUUUACUCCUAUGUCAAUGAUGUUGACGACUUUAUGCAGCUGAGGCCAGAACUCGGCUGUGGAAGAUUGUUAAAGGCAAAAAUGUCAACUUGUAAUUAUAUAAAUUCAACCAACUCUACUUCAUAUAACCAAGCAUUAUGUUGCUUUAUAAAUCUAAUCAUCGAAAUACCUACUUAACAGUUGACUUCGUAUCCCAGUACAUGGUUGACACAGAAGAUCAGCUUUCCAAAACCUCAACCAAUAAUAUUCGGCUUGUGUUAGUUAGUAGGCGAUGUUACGGCUCGAUAUCAAUUACGUGUAGUUAACCAUACGGUAGCUGGUCAAGACUUGAGAUAAGAAAAGCUAUUUUUGUCACAGAAAAUAAGGUAAUUAGCUCUGGUCUCCGGUGGUCUGGCGCGCUCUAUUGCGAACUUAUCUGGCUCAAGGAUGACGCAUAGAAAUAAGAAGUUAGGUUACAAAGGAGGUUGGUUUAUAUCAUGGGUUUACAGGACUAUUUCAAUGUUUCGUGCCAUUUAGCCGACGAUCAGUUCGCAAGCCAAAAUUAAUGUAUGAUUAUUUUUAUAUCAAAACCAUAUCUUUCUAACUAUUUAAAGUGUGCUAUGGACCACAAAGAAUUUUAUUUUACGAAUCUAUCCUAUCACUGUUAUUAAAAAGAAUAUUAUAUAUCGUCGACUUCUAAAAUGUAGAUACGUUAAGCGUUGACCAAGCUUGUUCAAUUAAUAGACAUUGUGUUCCAUUGCCGGUGUUAUUCAAUAUUGGAGAUAUUCUUACGAAAACUAUUUAAUAUUAUGAUUUUAACGAUUAAGAACUCUUCUUUAAGUUUAACUUCCUAAGACUUGUAUUUCUUAUGUGUUAGGUUUAUCUUCAGUAUUUUAAAACACAACGCGUGGAGACAAUCUAAAUCGAGUAUCGAGUAAAAUAUAUUUUUUAUUAGGGAAAAUUAAAUAAAUAUUUUUAUAUACUGGCAGCUUGACCACCGGGGCAUAUUGUGGUGCUUUGCAGAGUUAAAGAGAGGCGUGGUUUGGUGUUGUGAUCGUCUAUUUUAGCGCGGAGACGUCGAUGGAAAGCCUGAUCCCCUUCCUCUUACGUCAUUAUAUCCCACCUGGUGUCAGUUCACGCAAAUAAAACACAUUGCCUUGGAACGGAUAUUUACUAGAAAAGAUAGUGUGUACUAAUGAAUGAAGUUGUAACUAAACUUGAAGAGCGACCUCAGAAUGGAGUUCUUUGGAAAGUCAUCAAAUGUCGUAGUUAAUAUCAUCCACUGUGCAUUUCAACAAAUAUCACUUAAAUACAUAGUUAUAGAAGUAGUCGUCAUUUUAUCAACUUGUAAAAAAUCCGCUUGAAAUGUGUGCGUGUUGUAUACUGACAUGGCUGACUGUAACAUAGUAGGCGUUAUGAUAUUUGGAAGAAUCUCGAUUAAUAAAACAAUACGAAAAUCUCAAUUUAUUCCUCAACAAAUUUAAAAUCUCAUUUAUCGACUCAUCGAUAGCUCAGUAUCGAUUGUUUACGAUAAUGUAAAUUAUGUAGAUACAUACAUAAUUCUGAUAUUCGAAUUAUUAUCCAACAACUUGAAAUCUCGCAAAUCUCGAAUGAAUUUAAGUGCGGGGCGACCCGUCGGUAAUGUCUCUCUUACGUAGUGAUAAGUACUCUAUUUAGGCUUUUUUCGUAUUAAAAUUUUUCAUAUUUGACAUUUAUUGAAGUUUCGCACCGUUCACAUUGAAUUUUAAUGCCCAAGUUAACGUUUUUCAUUUUGAACAAUUGCGUGUUUAGAGGUGACUGCUGUAAGACCAAUGUUGCAUGAAAAUGAAUAUAACAGGCGCAUGUGUGAGCGUGGGCAGUUGUCUCGCACCGCACCUAACAAUAUCUCAUUUGUAUCGUGUUUAGACUAAGGCUAGGGAUUCGUGUUAACUAAUGUUAGGUAGCUAACGCGUUCGCUUACUGCAUCUGUACAUGUAUUAUUAUUUAUUCUUUGCCUUGUAUGUACCUAUUGUAUCCGGUUAUAUUCGUACACUGGCGGACAUUUGCAGUGUCCCGUGCACUAAGCCCGCCAAUUUAUUUUAUUAUAAUUUAUUUAUUUGUGUAUACUUUUUCUCCGCCUGAAAGGUGUCGGGUCUUAUUUGAAUACAUUCCAGACGGUAUAACCAUGUUGAUUUUCAAAUCAUUUUAUUUAUGUCUCCUGACGCCAGCACCGUCGUCGGUCAGAUGUAAUCUGAACAAUGUUUAUAAAACGGGACCGACGUACGGAGACAAGCCACUACUUAUUAUUUAUUAAUAUAAUUCCUCAUAUUUAUUUCUCCCUCGUUAUGUAUAUUUUGACAAAGGUAACAUGUUCGAAUGCCAAGAUUUAAUCGUUCUCAUUUAGAGCUUAUACUGUAACUAUUGGUACCUUAUACAUUGCAUAUUUAUAUUUGAUGGCACUGUUAUUGUAACCCCUUUAAGUUAUUUGUUAAGGAGUCUUUAUCAUGUCUAUUGUCUAGUAAGAAUUUAAUAUAUAUCUAUUAAUAUUAAUUGAUUAAUAGUAGGAGCCUUGUUCUAUUCGCGUCUGUUUUGUCGCUUAUUAUACCCGUUAACGAUUUAAAAAUUCUUUGUCUUGAAAAAUACUUGUUACGGUUCAAAAUGUCAAUUUUGAUAUUAGAUUGUUAGCCACCGGUGUUCGGUGGAUAUACUCACUGCCUUCUCAACUAAAUUACACUGUGUUCAUUUUGUUUUACACUUACCUAGUAAAGAAUACUUGCCUUACGUAAAAUUAUGAAUGAAAAUGUGAUUUUCAUGAGUCCCGAAUCGACCUGACAGCACAAUGUCUGCAUUUACAUACUUAGUGUCACAAUAUUUACAGUAAAUUGUAUCAUUAGCGUUCCCGAAUAUAAAACGUGCAUCGCCGUAUCGAAAUAGUUCAUGUUAAAUGUAAUUGUUGUAUCACUUUAUUGGUCGCAAGUGUAAUUGGAACAUUUUGGGUGUAAUUUUAAUUUAUGAAAGUGUAAUAGAAGUAAUGUUAAUAGAUGCAGUUGUAUUGAAAGCGAUGUUUAUUAUAAAGACAGUUGUUAUUCGAGAGAUCACUGUGUUCACGUAUUGUCCAAUUGUAUGCAUUCUUAUCUUUUACCUUUUUAGCGAUCCCCAGCCUUUUGCCAAGGUCCGCUAUACGUAAUGUAACUAUCUAUAAUCCACAUGCUUUCAAUACGAUUGAUCGACUAAUUAUAUAGAAAUAACCGAAGUAUUCGCUAUACACGAACUGGUAGAUUCUAAUUGUUGUGAGGUUCAUUCAGUGUUAUAUUUCAUGUUACAGACGCUUAUCUUUUCCAUGGUUUUGAAUGAGGAGUCGCAGUGUUUAACUGCGCUGGUAAAUUUUCUGUUGAACGAUCGUCUUGAUAGUUGGUAAACAAGAUGGGAAACUUAAGCAUCUUUAACAAUUUAAUUAUAUUUGCUAAGCAAGCUUUUUAUCAACAUUGGACUAAUUUGUUGGUUAGAUAAUAGUUUGCAUUUAUUAUAUAAAAUGUUUAAAAUCAUGACAAAAGUGUAGGUAAAGACUUGUGAGAAAUUUUCUGAUCUGACCGUACGAUUCUGUUCACGAAUUAUCGUAAAUUACAUUUUAGUUCGCAUUAAGUAACUGUAAUUUAUUGUAACUAUGAUGAAUAUUUUUUUAUGUUGCAUAGAAAAUAAAUAUUAAGAAAUUA